AUCGCGAGAUUUGAAGGCCGUCCGCUGUUGAGAGCGGCGCUGAUGGAGUGAGUACGGUCGGAGAGGAAAAGAGGAAUAAAGUGCGAGUUUCCCGUGUGAGCAGAGCUGUUAACGCCGUCACUCCGCCGCCAUGUCUCCGUGUUCUCUGCGCUCCCUGCUGCUUCUCGCCUUCUUCCACUGCUCCGUGUCGGCCGAGCAGCGGAAGCUCUCUCCAGAAAAUCUGCUGGUCAUCACCGCGGCAACAGAGGAGACAGACGGCUUCAGCCGCUUCAUGAGGACGGCCCGAGAGUUCAACUACACAGUGAAGGUGCUGGGUCUGGGGGAGGAGUGGAAGGGGGGUGACGUGGCUCGGACAGUGGGUGGAGGUCAGAAGGUGAGAUGGCUGAAGAAGGAGCUGCUCAAACACUCUGACAAGAAGGACAUGGUCAUCAUGUUCGUGGACAGCUAUGAUGUGAUCUUUGCGUCGGGUCCAGAGGAGCUCCUGUCCAAGUUUUCUCGUCUGGGUCACCGCGUGGUUUUCUCAGCUGAGGGCUUCUGCUGGCCCGACCAGAGACUGGCCCCCAAAUACCCAGUGGUGCAUUCUGGGAAACGCUACCUCAACUCAGGAGGGUUCAUCGGCUUCGCUCCAGAUCUCAGUGCGAUCGUCCAGCAGUGGAAGUACAAAGACAACGAUGACGACCAGCUCUUCUACACCAGGAUCUACUUGGACAAGACGCACAGGACCAAGUUCAACAUGACCCUGGAUCAUCGCUCCAGAAUCUUCCAGAACCUGAACGGAGCCGUAGAUGAAGUCGUCCUGAAGUUCGAGAGGGCAAAGGUCAGAGCGAGGAACGUCGCUUACGACACGCUUCCUGUUGUCAUCCAUGGCAACGGACCAACCAAGCUGCAGCUCAAUUACCUGGGUAACUACGUCCCCACGGCCUGGACCUACGAGAACGGCUGCGGCACCUGUGACGACGACCUGCUGCUCUUCAGCGACGUACCUGACGAGGACAUGCCUCUGGUGUACGUGGCAGUGUUCAUCGAACGGCCCACGCCCUUCAUGGACGAGUUCCUGGACCGACUGAGCACGCUCAACUACCCCACAGCCAGGAUCCACCUGUUCAUACACAACAACGUCGUGUACCACGAGCGUCACAUCCAGAGGUUCUGGGAGCGUCACAGGUCUCUGUUCCCCGACGCGCUGCUGGUCGGACCGGAGGAGAACCUGCAGGAGGCCAAGGCCAGAACCAUGGCUGUCGAGGCCUGUAAGAAGGAUCCACAGUGUGAUUACUACUUCAGCGUGGACUCUGACGUGGCGCUGACGAACCCCGACACGCUGCGGAUACUGAUCGAGGAAAACAAGCCCGUCAUCGCCCCCAUGCUGUCCAAACACGGGAAGCUGUGGAGUAACUUCUGGGGAGCUCUGAGUCCUGAGGGAUAUUACUCCAGGUCUGAAGACUACAUCGAGAUCGUCCAGGGGAAGAGGAUCGGCCUGUGGAACGUGCCGUACAUCACGCAGUCCUACCUGAUCAAAGGCAGCGUGCUGCGGUCCAAACUGUCCCAGGCGAGCCUGUACGUGGACGAGGGGAUGGACCCUGACAUGGUGUUCUGCAGGAGCAUCAGAGACCAGGGCGUCUUCAUGUUCGUGUCAAACCGAGACGAGUUCGGGCGUCUGGUGGCGUCGACCAGCUUCAACACGUCCAGGCUGCACCCAGACAUGUGGCAGAUCUUCGACAACCCUGUGGACUGGAGGGAGAAGUACAUCCACGAGAACUACUCCAGGAUCUUUGAGGACGAGAAGAGCUUCGUGGAGCAGCCCUGUCCAGAUGUUUACUGGUUUCCAGCUUUCUCAGAGAAGAUGUGUGAUCACCUGGUGGAGACCAUGGAGGACUUUGGCCAGUGGUCGGGAGGAUCACACAAGGACGAGCGUCUGGCCGGCGGCUACGAAAACGUCCCGACCGUGGACAUCCACAUGAACCAGAUCGGCUUCGAGAAGGAGUGGCUCAAAUUCCUCAAAGAGUACAUCGUCCCCGUCACCGAGAAGCUCUACCCUGGUUACUACCCCAAGGCCCAGGCCAUCAUGAACUUUGUGGUGCGUUACCGUCCUGACGAGCAGCCGUCUCUACGGCCGCAUCACGACUCGUCCACCUUCACCAUCAACAUCGCCCUGAACAGCAAGGGCGUCGACUACGAGGGCGGAGGCUGCAGGUUCCUGCGUUACGACUGUAAGGUGGAGUCUCCCAGGAAGGGCUGGUCCUUCAUGCACCCCGGCCGACUGACCCACUACCACGAGGGCCUGCCCACCAUCAGAGGGACCAGAUACAUCAUGGUGUCCUUCGUUGACCCCUGAACUCUGUGCGUGUGUGUGUGUGCGUGCGUGCAUGCGUGCGUGUGUGUGUGUGUGUGUGCGCGCGUGUGUGUGUGUGUGGGAACAUCACUCCACCUCAUCAUCACAGGUGCAGACAGACUGGAUGGAGGAACAGAUGUGAUGAAAGCAUCGUCUCUGAACACGUUUGUGUUGUUUGUUGUUUGUUUGAUUCUGAUUGGACGAUCCCCCUCACCUUUACCUGCCCCUCAUUCCAACCAGCUGUGGUCACAUGUAUCGUUUCAAUGCGUCCUUGUAGCAGGUGUAACAGGUGAGACUGAUGGAGGAUCCUCAACUCAUCCUUGUCAACAUUUCAUAGUAAGAGUCCCACGAUGUAGAGGAGUCACCGUUUAAGGGCAUUUCAAAGUAAGAGCCUUUUGUCAGUCACCAUGAGCUGCCUUAUUUUAUAAAACAACCUGAAUCUAUGCAAGUGUGUGUGUGCGUGCGUGUGUGUGUGUGUGUGUGUGUGUGUGUGUGUGUGUGUGUGUGUGUGUGUGUGUGUGUAUCAGCACUCUGCUGUUACACUUCUUCUUCCUGCAGGGGGCACUCUCCUCUUGGUCACCACUGUAACGUUAACCCACAGCGCCCUCUGGAGGAUUAUAUUGUGCAUCAGUUGGUGACCAGCUGCAGUUAUAAAUACUUCACAUGUUGGGGUUACCCUGGCAACCAGCUGUCACUGGCUGUUUUGGGCCAAUCAGAUCUCUCCGACUGUGUCGAUGUUUGUGAUGUGAAAUCAGGUGAAACUGUAACGUGAGUGUGAAGCUCCUGUUAAACACUAAGAUUUUAGAUUCUCGUGUUUUAUUCUUCAUUGUUUAGUUUUUUUAAUUUCUUGGUUCAGAGCUUCAGGUUUUCUUUGCGUUGCCACGGUGACGAGGUGUGAGACCGUCUCACAGUUUUUAUCUCAUUUAAAAAUGAGAUGUUUGAUGGUUGUGAGUCUGUUUGGGGAACGAGGUUUCCACCUGUCCACACCAGGAGUCCACCUGUCCACACCAGGAGUCCACCUGUCCUCACCAGGAGUCCACUGUCUCUGGCUUUGUACAAACUGCAUUAAAUUAUUUGUUAAUGACUGAGUGAAUAAAGUUUUGAGAUUUAAAUAAAGAAUCUUACAGUU